GUAAACUGGUUUUAGCUCGUUAAUCUCGACAUUUACUUCAUUUGAAGGACUUGAACAUUUGUAGCAGACGAUGGAAAUGAAAGUGAUUCUGUUGAUGAUUAUUGCUACGUCACUGGUGACGUAUGCAGCCUCACAGGUGUCACCCGAGUGCUACCAGGAGAUGGACCCAGGCCCCUGUCAAUGGAUGGUCCCCCGCUGGUUCUUCAACAUGACCAUCCGCCUGUGUGACAUGUUCAACUACAGCGGUUGUGGGGGCAACCUCAACAAUUUCCGCACACAGGGCGAGUGUUCGGAGAAAUGUGAGGCCCAGCGUUAUCGCGGCUGAAAUGUCCUUGUUCAGGGGAGAUAACCAAAAACAUUGUCUAUAAAGGGAUAUAACUAAAAUCAUUAUCAAAACCAAGUUCGGAGACAACUGAUAUUAUGGUUCGUGUGUGUAAGACAUUAUUGUUACAUAUUAUAAUUAUAAAUAGUAAAUUUGCAUUACAUAUACUUCAAAAUUCAAUGGUUGUUGUGCUUAAAUUUAGUGUCUAGAAUAUUAUUUCAGUAUAAAUGAGAUGGUUUGAAAAAUAUGGAUCAGUUACAAAUCAGUGAAACUUGAUAGAAGGUGUAAUAUUCAAGCAAUCCGCUACAAUUGCCUUUAGAAAAAAAAAAGAGAGAGAGAGAGAAAAAUGCAAAUGGCUUGGGUUGAUUGUUUGUUUUUUCAUUUCUUUCCUUUUUCAAAUAAUUUUCAUGUCUUUUUAGAUGUACCUUAUAAUUACUUCAUUUUAAAUUAUAUCGAUGUAGUUUAUAUGUAAACAUAUGUGUAACUUUUCAUAUAGGAGGGGUGAAUUUUUUAAUAU